CAGGACGAGGACGGUAAGACGAGGACGAAGGUGGUCGGUGGAAAUCGGGAUGGGCGGCCUCGGCUCGGCUUUAAAGGUUUGGGCACCGUGGGAUCGGAGGAGCAGCGUAUAAAGCGUAUGGUUUCUUUUGGUCGUGCUCGAGAUUCGAUCACACAAAUUGAUUCCUUUCCUUUUCUCUGCACGAGCUCGAGGAUGAGUGUUUCGUUUUCCCUCAACACGAAACCCCAAUCGAAUCGCGUCAAGAAAGCCUCCGACCCCGCCCCUACAGACAGAAACUACGUCAGUGAAUUUCGCUCCGGCGAUGCUCCGCCGUCGCCGGACUCCAAGAUCAAGCCUAUCCCCCCGCUACCCGACCAGCUGCGCCCCUACAAGAAACUCAAAAACCUCCCCGCACUCUCCCAAUCCAACGGCGAUGACCCUGGCCUCCAGUUCGAGUUGGAUCCGACCUCCUAUCCCGAGCCCUCUGAUAGCUCCAUGGGCUAUGGCCUCAACGUCCGCCAGCCGCCCCUCGCCACCCGCGGGCACAACGAGUCCGUCACCGAUUUUGAGCUAAGGAAACUGAGGGAGGAUCUCGAGAAGCUUCCGGAGGCCACCGGGAUGGACGAAUUCACAGAUGUGCCCGUGGAGGGUUUUGGGGCAGCCCUCCUCUCGGGCUAUGGCUGGAAGGAGGGCCAAGGCAUUGGCCGCAAUGCCAAGGAGGAUGUGAAGAUUCCGGAAGUCACAAGAAAAGCCGGCCGAGGAGGGUUAGGGUUUACCGAUGAAUUGCCCACUGCCCGUGCCGAAAGUAACGCUAAUGCUGGGAAAAAUAACACAAGCGGCCAACGGAAGAAAGAAAGGGAAACUCUCGGCCUAGGGAAAAAGGUGAGGAUUGUGAAUGGUAGGGAUGUGGGUACCAAGGGUAAAAUAGUCGAUGUGAAGAAUGGCGGGGAAUUAUUGGUCCUGAGGAUUUCGGGGAGCGAUGACAAGGUGAAGGUCCGGAGUCGGGAUGUGGCUGAGGUGGGGUCUGCUGAGGAGGAAAGGUGCGUUAGGAAGUUGAAGGAGUUGAAACUUAGAGAGAGAGAGGCGAUGAAGAAAGAGGAAAAGGGAGGUGGCAGGAGAGUGAAUUGGCUGAGGAAUCAAAUUAGGGUUAGGAUCAUAAGUCGGGAGCUGAAGGGUGGGGGGCUUUUUUCGCAAAAGGGCGUAGUUGUGGAUGUUGUGGGCCCCGGAACAUGCGAUGUGUUGAUUGACAAGAGCAGAGAGUUGGUUCAGGAGGUGGACCAGGAGUUUUUGGAGACUGUGCUGCCGAUACGUGGAGGGCCCGUGCUUGUGUUGUACGGAAGGCAUAAAGGGGUGUACGGGAGCCUGGUGGAGAAGGAUCUUGAGAAGGAGACUGGCGUGGUUCGAGAUGCGGACACACACGACUUGCUUAACGUGACGCUUGAUCAGAUUGCGGAGUAUGUUGGUGAUCCGACUGAUAUUGGUUAUUGAGUGGCAUUCUUCUUCUUUUUUGUGGAGUGGGGGCUUAAUUUGCAGUGCUGGGAGGGUAUUGGAUGAUGGGUUUCGGGUGGAAUAGUGAAAGUUUGAGGUUUGAUUCGUAUCGUGUUGCUGUGGAUCUUUUUGUACGAGUAAGAGCUGAUUUGUUUGAGAAACAUUUAUUUGAUUGGUGAAUUACUGUUGUCUGGAGGUUUUAUGUGAGGGAUGUUUCGUUUGAAGAUGAGUUACUCUUUUCUGGAGAUUUUGUAUGUGAGAAAUGCCGAAUUUCUGUUCCCUGGAGAUUAUGUUGUACUAUGUUGAUGCUGGAAAUUGUGUUGUACUAUGUUGCAGUUGAAGAUUUGUUUAGUCAUAUUUCGUAUUAUGGUUUAAUUAUUGGUUUUAUCAUAUGCGCAUACAGAUACCAAACCAAAUUUAAAGGUCGGUUACAGUUUGGUUUUU